AUGCUUGGAUCAUUUGUGUCUAAAAAUGGUACUCAUUUCCGAAUUUCUCACCCGUUGCUCUUUUCGGUUGUUUCAUCCCAUUAUGGAAAAUCGUUUGGAGAGGCUAUCAUCAAUAAUGUCUCCAUUGACUUUUUAAUUAAUGAGGUUGAUUUAAAAGCCAGUGUUUCAGUUCAUUUAGAAUUAGAAAUACACAGCUGUUUAUUUCUAUCCCUUGCUAAAAGAUUUCACGAGGAAAUUCGACAGGGAAGACCAACUAUUUUAAAGGCCAGAAUAUUUCUUUCAUCCGAGUUUGUUGAAAUUUUUCUUAAAUAUUUGAAAGCAAAGACAUUUGAAGACAUAAAAAAAUAUUACAUUCUAGAUCGUUCUAGAAAGACUCAGAUUGACAACAUGUCCGGUAUGUCAUGCUUAAAUUCAAAAUCGGACAGCAGUAACGUUAUUAGUUUUCUAGUGUACUAUGGUCAUGUUAACAUUCUUAGGUUUUUGACGGAGCUUGUUGUCAGUCAUAACCAGUCAACAGAUUUAAUGUUCGGUGGGUUUGAUGAUCAGGUAAAGCAUUUGGUACUUGCUAGCUACAAUGGCGAUCGAAUAUUGAUUGAUUUUGUCCUAAAAUUCAUGCAAGAGGGAGUUAUUCAUAUGUACAACGAAUUAUUAAGUAGACUUAAUCUCGAAGAACUACAUUUGAUAGCAGGUUGCUUAUUUCGGUCGCAAACUAUUUCUCUAUCAAAGGAAUUUGAUAACGUUGAGUUUCAAUUUAAAAAUAAGGAUGACAACAAAACAGACACUACAGAAUCAGCUCAGAUGACUUUUGUAGCAAAAUUGAAUAAUUAUUGCACUUACCUAAACCGCUGUCAUACUUUUGGGAAUUUGCCACUGAUUUCUGCCUCCGAAUAUGGAUUUUUAACUGCUGUGGAUCUGUUGAUCCAUGUAGGCGCUGACAUUAACAAAUUUGAUAAAUAUGGCGAUCCCCCACUGCUUGCUGCUUCACGAUCAGGUUAUUUGACUGUUGUGGAGAAACUGAUCAAUCAUGGUGCUGACAUAAACCAGUGUAUAGAAUUUGGCGACUCGCCACUGAUUGCUGCUUCACAAUCAGGGCAUUUGACUGUUGUGGAGAAACUAAUCAAUCAUGGCGCUAGCAUAAACCAAUGCAAUGUGUACGGCGACUCGCCACUGACUUCUGCUUCACAAUCAGGGCAUUUGACGGUUGUGGAGAAACUGAUCAAUCAUGGCGCUGACAUAAACCAAUGUAAUGAAUGUAACAGGUCGCCACUGAUUGCUGCUUCACAAUCAGGGAAUUUGACUGUUGUGGAGAAACUGAUCAGUCAUGGCGCUAACAUAAACCAAUGCCAUAUGUUCGGCGACUCGCCACUAGCUUCUGCUUCACAAUCAGGGCAUUUGACUGUUGUGGAGAAACUGAUCAAUCAUGGCGCUGACAUAAACCAAUGUAAUGAAUAUAACAGGUCGCCACUGAUUGCUGCUUCACAAUCAGGGCAUUUGACUGUUGUGGAGAAACUGAUCAGUCAUGGCGCUUGUAUCAAUCAAUGUGCUAAAUUUGGCGAGUUCCCAUUAUUUGUUGCUUCACAAUCAGGGCAUCUAAAUGUUGUUGAAAAACUAAUCAAUUGUGGCGCUGACAUUAAUCAAUGUAAUAAAUAUGGUAGGUCGCCACUAUAUGUUGCUUCACAAUCAGGGCAUUUGACAGUUGUGAAGAAACUGACCAAUCAUGGCGCUAACAUAAACCAAUGUGAUAAUUGUGGCAAUUAUCCAUUAUCUGCUACAUUUCGAUCUAGCCAACAGCCAGUUGUAGAGGAAUUUAUUGAACAUGGUAAAACACUGAAUGAGAGAUCAAGUAAUGUACAUUACGAAAGUAUAAUGAAAUCAGAGAUAAACGAAUUAGUGAAUAAAGAAAAAGAUCGAUUUAACGAAUAUAUGAAUGAAAAACCUCAAAGUGGAAAACAGUUAAAAACUAGCAGCCAGGAAUUAUACAAAACAAGAUCUGAAGUGGUGAAGAUCCCUUACGAUUCAGAAAUAUAUUCACGAAGUACGAAUGAUUUUGCUUUUGAACGCUCAGAAAGGAACAGAAAAUAUUUGAGAUGUGAAAUACAGUAA